AUGGAUGUUGAAGUCUCUGUUGCUGGCAACGUGUUCCUAAACCGCGGGGGGCAGUCGUUUGCCCGCGCGGGGGGCUUGCACGGGAUAUGCACCCUCCACUUCAGGUAUGACAGUGUUGCGACCCUCUACGUUAGGGUGUUCGGGAACAGCCAGCACUCGGGGUGCUUCCUGGAAAGCGACAACGACGGUGAUGAUGGUCAGCUUGCCCUUGACGACGGUCGCGUCGCCUCCGGCGCCGACGGCUCCCACUCCGGGGAGAGCACUAGUGACAGGCCUCUGCAUCGCCGGGCUCGAACUGCGGAGGGUGAUUAA